AUGUCUGCUGUGUUAAAGAGAUGUACUGCUACUGCUACGCUCAACACAGGAGCCCGGAUUCCAUUGCUUGGGCUUGGAACGUGGCGCUCGUCCAAGGAUAAUGGCUACAAGGCGGUUCUCAAAGCCAUAGAGGCCGGUUAUCGACACAUUGACUCUGCAGCCGUGUGCAUGAAUGAACAGGUUAUUGGAAGAGCCAUUCGAGAUUCGCAAGUGCCACGCGAGGAGUUGUUCGUGACUACGAAACUUUGGAGCACGCAGCAUCGCAACCCUGCAGGGGCGUUAGAACAAUCCUUGCAAAGGCUAGGACUGGACUACGUUGACUUGUUCAUGAUGCAUUGGCCCCUGGCGUUCAAGACCGAUCGUUUGAAGACCAAGAACGUCAUGAUAAUUCCCAUGGAUGCUGACAAAAAACCGGACGUUGACACCGAGUGGGACCAUGUGAAGACAUGGGAGUUAAUGCAACAACUUCCAGCCAGAGGCACUACUAAAGCCAUAGGGGUCUCCAACUGUUCUAUUGCGCAUUUACAAAAAAUCCUUGACUCCCCAGAAAACAAGAUUGUGCCAGCAACAAACCAGAUUGAGGCUCACCCUUUUCUUCCGCAAGAUGAAAUGCUUAAUUUCUGCAGAGGGAAAGGCAUUUUGAUGGAAGGAUACUCUCCGCUUGGUUCUGAUGGUGCUCCAUUCAUUGACGAACCUGUCAUCCGUGAAAUCGCAAAGCGCUAUCAUGUGGAACCUGCUCAAGUGCUCAUCAAUUGGGGGUUGAAACGGGGCUAUGCUGUUUUGCCCAAAUCCAAGACGCCGGAGAGGAUCGUGUCCAACUUGCAACAAUUUGAGCUAUCAAACGAAGAUUUCAACAGAAUCCACGAACUCGCUCAAGAACGAGGCCCUAAGCGAACUCAUAACCCACCUUGGUUCUCGUUCGAUUAG